AUGGGUUGGACACCGUUAUUGAUCCUAUUCAUCGUGCUGGCAUGUCUGCUGAUCCUAGCCAUAAUUGCCCUCGCGAUUGUAUACGUCAGGAUUGAUCUGAAACGAGGAAAACUUUUGAAAGGUAAUUUAAUCCUUCAUUUACUUGUCAGUGAUGAAGCGUUUGAUAGAUGCUUCAUUAAUAUUUAA